AUGAUGCUUAGAUGUCCUGUCCUUCGGAGUCAUGCUCUAAAGAGAUGUGCAAGAAGUAAAUCUCCCUUUUUGGCACUACGAUACUAUACAAACGCUACAAAAACUCUAAAUUCUGCUUCUGCUCAAGCUGUAGCGACGAAUAGAAGACCAGAGCCAGCUCCAAGUUUCGAUGUAGACCCUCUAUCUAGCGAAAUCAGAGAAUCGUUUGGUAAAAAGGCAAAGGUUGAUCCAAUGAAGAUGGACAAUUCUUUAGUCGGUUUAACUGGUGGUCAAAUCUUUAAUGAAAUGAUGGCAAGACAUAAUGUAGACACCGUUUUUGGUUAUCCAGGUGGUGCCAUUCUCCCCGUCUACGAUGCUAUUUACCAAAGUAAGAAUUUCAAAUUCGUGCUACCAAAACAUGAACAAGGUGCUGGUCACAUGGCAGAAGGUUACGCCCGUGCGUCAGGGAAGCCUGGUAUUGUUCUUGUAACAUCCGGUCCAGGUGCUACAAACGUCGUCACACCAAUGGCUGACGCAUUGGCUGAUGGUAUCCCCAUGGUCGUUUUCACUGGUCAAGUUCCAACGACUGCUAUAGGUACUGACGCAUUUCAAGAAGCUGACGUCGUUGGUAUCUCAAGAUCAUGUACGAAAUGGAACGUUAUGAUUAAAAAUGUAGCAGAACUACCCGUAAGAAUCAAUGAAGCUUUUGAAAUCGCCACGUCAGGUAGGCCGGGUCCUGUCUUAGUGGAUCUACCAAAGGACGUCACUGCCGCAAUUCUAAGAGAUGCGAUCCCCGUAGGAAGCUCUCUGCCUUCAAAUGCCCUCUCUCAACUAACAAACAAGGCUCAAGAUGAGUUUGUCUUAGAUAAUAUAAACAAAGCUGCUGAUUUAAUAAAUUUGGCUAAAAACCCAGUUCUUUACGUCGGCGGGGGUAUCUUAGGAAAUGAAGAUGGUCCUAAAUUACUAAAACAAUUAAGUGAAAGAGCGCAGAUUCCAGUCACUACAUCUUUACUAGGUCUAGGUGCAUUCGAUCAAGAAGAUCCAAAGUCUUUGGAUAUGUUAGGUAUGCAUGGUUGUGCAACUGCUAAUUUGGCAAUGCAAAAUGCAGACUUAAUUAUCGCUAUUGGUACUAGAUUUGAUGAUCGUGUCACUGGUAAUAUUGCUAAAUUUGCCCCAGAAGCACGUCGUGCUGCUCUAGAAAAUAGAGGUGGUAUUAUCCAUUUUGAAAUUAGUCCGAAAAAUAUAAAUAAAGUAGUGGAAGCGCAAAUUGCUGUAGAAGGUGAUGCAACAGCUAAUUUACAAAGUAUUCUACCAAAGAUCUUCCCGGUCAAAGAAAGAACUGAAUGGUUUGCCAAGAUUAAAGAAUGGAAAACAAAAUAUCCAUAUAGCUAUAUGAAGGAAACUCCAAAUUCUAAACUGAAACCACAAACCGUCAUUUCAAAAUUAUCAAAAAUUGCAAAUGCAACUGGUAAAGAAGUUAUCGUCACCACAGGUGUUGGUCAACAUCAAAUGUGGGCGGCACAACAUUGGACCUGGAAACAUCCACGUACUUUUAUCACAUCGGGUGGGUUAGGUACAAUGGGUUACGGCCUACCAGCUGCAAUUGGUGCCCAGGUGGCAAAGCCUGAUGCGUUAGUCAUUGACAUCGAUGGUGACGCUUCUUUCAACAUGACAUUGACUGAAUUGAGCUCUGCAGUUCAAGCCGGCGCUCCCGUCAAGAUUUUAUUAUUAAACAACGAAGAACAAGGUAUGGUUACUCAAUGGCAAUCACUUUUCUACGAGAAUCGUUACUCUCACACUCAUCAACUAAACCCAGAUUUUAUAAAGCUUGCCGAGGCCAUGGGUUUGAAGGCUAUCAAGGUCUCUAAGCAAAAUCAAUUAGAUAAAGCCUUACAGGAAUUUGUUGAAUAUGAUGGACCUGUCUUAUUGGAAGUGGAAGUAGAAAAGAAGGUUCCUGUCUUGCCAAUGGUGCCUGCUGGUAAGGGUUUGCAUGAAUUCAUGAGUUUUGAUGAAAAUACAGAGAAAGAACAGAAUGAAUUACGCCGUAAUCGCACUAAUGGUAAGUAUUAA